UAUGGCGGCUCAAAACGCAAGAAAAUUGCAGUCAAUGUAUCGACAUUUUAGCUCUUCAGUUCGACCUAAUGUUCUCUUAAAAGGUCUCCCAGUGUGUUCAUCUACAUUACGAAGGUCUGCAUCAUCGUUAAGUUACUUCAGYUCGACCAGRCAWAGGACAUGGAAGARAUUUGGWCAKYUUCCAGCAACUCCUCGCAUCAAUCGCAUUCAAGCUCGCAGUAUGUUUGUGCAAGUACAAGAAACACCCAAUCCCAACAGUCUCAAGUUUGUUCCUGGUGUCCCAGUCCUUGAAACAGGAACAGUGAACUUUGACAGUAUUAGUGCCAGCCAUGGUUCACCCUUGGCUAGAAAUCUGUUCAGAAUAUCUGGAAUAAAGGGAGUUAUGUUUGGCCCUGAUUUCAUAACAGUUACCAAGGCUGAUGAUGAAGUAGACUGGUCUCUUUUAAAACCAGACAUCUUUGCCACAAUAAUGGAUUUCUUUGCCAGUAAUUUACCCAUUCUGACUGAUGAGCAGGCUCCUGCUGAUACAGCUGUUGAUGAAGAUGAUGACGAAACAGUAGCAAUGAUCAAAGAGCUUCUUGACACACGGAUAAGGCCAACAGUACAAGAGGAUGGUGGAGAUAUCAUAUUUGUAGGGUUUGAAGAUGGUGUUGUAAAGCUUAAAAUGCAGGGUGCCUGUUCGUCAUGCCCUAGUUCAGUCAUCACUCUUAAGAAUGGCAUUGAAAACAUGCUGCAGUUUUACGUACCAGAAGUGCUAUCAGUGGARCAGGUUGAAGACGAAACAGACAAAGUAUCUCAAUCGGAAUUUGAAAAAUUUGAAGAAAAGCUGAAAAAGGAUGUUAAAGAGGACUAAAACUAUUGACAAGAAAAAAGAAAAAUGUGAAUGGAAAUAUCAUUGCGAAAAAGUGGGAAAGUGAAAAAUGGGAGGAAAGGAYAAACAUGUCGCUUUGGCCAAAUGUUAUCAUGAGGAGUUUGAUUURAAAGAGUUAAAAAACAUUGUUGGUCGUUUAUGCGAGUGGCCUUAAAGGUCCUUAAAGGUUUCGAACAGUAGAUAUAUUAACCAGAUAUUUAAAGAGAUAGUUCAUCGGGAAAAAUUCUUUAAGAACUUAAACGCUGAGUAUUUUAGCAUAAGAAACAUAAUUCCCCAUAAAAAACCUUCCGGCCAUGGGAAUAAACUUGACUUUUACUAUUAAAUUUUUGUUUCUUUCAAAAACACUCAUGUUUUUCAAUAUUUUUCUUGUGGUGUAUUUGUUGUAACAGCUUGUUUCUUUCUCUUGAACUUAUUAUCUACGCUAUUUGACAAACUGUCGACAAAAUUUGAAUAGAAAUGAACGCGAUGUUUACCGAGAUCCUUGAGAUUUGUCUUGUUCUUUUGAUCUAGCUUAAAUAUCAGAGGCACUUAUUACAAUGUUUGUGAAAGACGGAAACACGRUUUUUGUCCGGAUUCAAUUAUUGUGACCUGUAUUGCAUUACAGCGUAGAGUCCAUUUUCAUUUAAUUAGCUAGAGAUGGCUACUGUCCAUGAUGUCAUUACAAUAAAACCCUUAUAAAGAUA